ACGGGCGGACAACCAGAACGAAACUAAAAGUGGCUCCCAAGACGAUCAGCAAGAACCUACGGAGGACUCUACAAUUUGGCGCAGUCGGUACGAUUAAUAUGGAUUCGUAUAAACAGUUUCAUUUGGAUCCGUUCAAUGAUGCCGCUGAUGCAUCUAAUUUGCGGUUGGAGUGGGAGGAGUGGCACAGAGCCUGCGAACUUGUUCUUGAAUUAAGUAAUAUCGAUUCGCAGCAUCAAAAAUUACUCUUUAUGUUGGCUCGAGGCGGCAGAGGUCUGCAAAGGAUUUAUUAUAACCUUGCACCGGUUGCUGGGGAAAUCCAACCAGGUCCAGUUAAAAUUCCACUUGCCCCAAAAGAAAUUCCUGAAUACGACAACGCUAUCAAGCGACUCAAUGCCUUCUUCAUAGGAAAACGGAACGAAAGAGUUGAACUGGAGGUUUUUCGUUCACUCAGACAGUCGGCUGGCGAGUCAUUUAAUCGCUACAUACUUAAGUUGCGGACGCAAGCAGCACGUUGCGAUUUUCGGGAUCGAGUGGAAAAUGAAUUGUUGCAGCAAAUCACGGUUGGUGCUAGUGAUGAAAGAGUUAGAGAUAAAGGCCUCGAGAGCAUCAUGAACCUUGACGAGCUGGUCAACUAUGCUGUCAAUCGGGAAGUAUUGCAGAAACAAAAGGAGAAAUCGUAUCCAUUUAGACCAGAAGCAGGCGUCGUAGCAUCGGUGAAGCAGGAUUGGAUCACAAAAUCAGAGCCGAAAAGUUCAAAUCGUGGACAACCCUUUGCGCGUGAGAAAAAACGAUAUAAUAACAUUCGUACUGGAACCGAAUGCGACCGUUGUGGUUCGUGGAAACACCAUCGGGAUUCAAGAGAGUGUAUCGCGCGAAAUUGUACUUGCAACAAGUGUGGCAGUCGCGGGCACUUUGCCAGAAAGUGCAGAGCAGGACGAUAUGCAUCAACGCAGCCCCGGUAUACCUGGAAGAAAACUGAUAAAGUCAAUACGUUGCAGGAUGAAAGUUCACAUCAGGCAAGCUGCUACGUUGAGAAUGAGCCAUCCGCAAAGGUAGAAUAA